GGACAUGCGACCCUUGUCGAAACAGCAUCAGAUCUCGGACCUACUAGGAUAAUAAUAAAUGCGAAAAAUGUCCAUUUUUCGGACCCUCAAGAUCGAAGGUCAGUUGCUGUCGUCCACUAAAUACGUUCAACAUAGUUAACUCCAAUCCCUCUUACUCCUUACAUAUUAGAAUACCCUUUUCGACUUGCCCUCGAGUGAACUAUCGUCCAUCAUGCUGGAGAAGAAGAAAAAAACAUUCCUCUUACUUUACCUCCCUGGGGCUCUUUUCCAUCACCCAGCCCCGUCUCAUCACCAACUCUCCCUUGCCCCCCCAUAUCUGGGAUCUUUACUGAGCACGCGGCUAACUAAGCCUUGGACAUCGCCUGACGAUGGCCCUCAAUGACGGACCCCCCUUCGGCCCUGUGGUCAACGGAACCAUGGUGGUCGUCUUCUGGGAGUACCGUCCCAGCAACGUAGCCGCCUACCUCUUCCUCGCCCUCUUCUCCCUCGCCUUGCUGGGCCACCUCGCCUGGUUCGUCUGGCUCCGCGCCUGGUCCUUCAUUCCUUUCCUCCUCGGCGGAAUCUAUCUUUGGCUACCUCGAGCGCGCCGACGCCCACACCAACCCGACCACCCUCCGGCCCUGGAUUCUCCAAAACAUGCUGCUCCUCGUCUCUCCGCCCCUGCUGGCCGCGACCCUCUACGUCUCCCACGGCCGCGUCGCCACGGCCCUCCUCCACGGCACCGGCGCCGGCGCCGGCACCAACUCCGACAAGGAGCAACACUCUCGCCGUCGCCGGCACCGCGGCUGCUGCUGCUGCACGAGGCGUUGUUGCACCCCGACGUGGACAAAGGUCUACAUCCUCGCCGACGCGACCGCCGUCGGCACCCAGCUGAUCGGCACCGUGCUGCCCGCGAGCGGCACGGCCGAGGCGGCGCGGCUGGGCGCCGUCGUGGUGCUCGUCGGCCUGCUGGUUCAGCUCGUUGCCCUGGGCGUCUUCCUCGGCCUCGACUGCGGCCGGCUGCACGCGCGCCUGCGGCGGGACCCGAGCGCGUCGCGGGCCAUGCUGGCCGACCCCGGCGUCAACUGGCUCGGGUACUUGGUCGUCAUGGAGGUGGCCGCCGCCAUGAUGGUCGUCAGGAGCGUCGUGCGGGGCGCCGAGUAUCUCGAGGGACAGGGCGGGGUCGUGAUGGGCCAUGAAGUGUUUGUCUAUGUGUUUGACGCGCUGCCCAUGCUGGUGGUCAUGGUGGGCUUUUUGCUGCUGCACCCGUCGAGGUUGGUAAGGGAAGUGAGGAGGUUGGAGGAGAAGGGGUGGGCCGCAAGGGGGGAGACGGCGGGGAUGGGGGAGUUGCUUGAGUUGAGGGGAGGUAGUCGUGGGUGAAUCCUGCUUAGCAAACAAUGUUGCAGACAGACAAAGCGUCUUGAGCUCUUGUUGCUCGGGCGGUACGGUAAAGACAAAAUCCUUCUGUGUGGAAACUUUGGACAAUAACAAGGGCCGG